UUGUCCGUGAGCAUGACUCACGAGAAAGAGAAGCUAGGGUUUGAGGGCUGGAUCAUGAUAUAAGGGCCUCAUUGUUUGUUCAUUAUUGAAUCAUAUACCUUUGAGUCAUGGGGAAGUUUGCUCUAGCCAAUGUCUUGUUGAUCCUUCUCUUGAACUUGACCAGCUUGCUCAAUGUUCUUGCUUGUCCUUAUUGCCCUUACCCAGCUCCUAAGCCUCCAAAACACCCUCCUAAAGUGAAACCACCAAAAUCACCAUGCCCACCACCCAAGUCAUCUCCAAAACCACCCUACGUCCCCAAGCCUCCAUUUGUGAAACCCCCUCAUGUACAUCCACCCUAUGUCCCAAACCCUCCUCAUUACCCUAAACCACCAGUGCAUCCACACCCACCCCAUUAUCCUAAGCCCCCAGUGCAUCCACACCCACCCCAUUAUCCUAAGCCCCCAGUGCAUCCACACCCACCCCAUUAUCCUAAGCCCCCAGUGCAUCCACACCCACCCCAUUAUCCUAAGCCCCCAGUGUAUCCACAUCCACCUUAUGUUCCAAAACCCCCAGUUGUGAAUCCUCCCUAUGUCCCAAAACCACCACCACAUGUUCCUAAACCACCAUAUGUUCCAAAACCACCUGUGGUUACACCACCAUAUGUUCCAAAACCACCUGUUGUCACACCACCUUAUGUGCCUAAACCACCAGUUGUGACACCACCUUAUGUGCCCAAACCACCAGUUGUUCCAGUCACACCACCUUAUGUGCCAAAACCACCAGUUGUUCCAGUUACACCACCUUAUGUGCCAAAACCACCCAUUGUGUACCCUCCUGUUGUCCCUGUGCCACCGGUUGUACCAACACCACCCAUUGUGAAACCACCCAUUGUUUACCCUCCUGUAGUCCCUGUACCACCCAUUGUGACACCACCUAUUGUGAAACCACCCAUUGUGUACCCUCCUGUGGUCCCAAAACCACCCAUUGUGACACCUCCAGUGGUUACACCACCAAGCCCUCCAAGUGAAACACCAUGUCCUCCACCACCACCACCAGCACAACCAACAUGCCCCAUUGACACCCUAAAGCUUGGGGCAUGUGUGGAUGUCCUUGGUGGCCUCAUACACAUUGGCAUAGGCAGCAGUGCCAAACAGACAUGUUGUCCAGUCCUUGCAGGCCUUGUUGACUUGGAUGCUGCUGUGUGCCUCUGCACAACCAUCAGGGCUAAGGUUCUUAACAUCAACAUCAUAAUCCCCAUUGCUCUUCAGGUUCUCAUUGAUUGUGGCAAGACUCCACCAGAUGGAUUCAAGUGUGCAGACAGCUAAUAUAUUUAUAAAGGAAUUGCAUAACUCAUGCAUGAAUAAGUUAAGCAAGUUGAGAAGAUGUACUGAAGAGAAGUGUCUUUCGUUUUAUCUUUCAUCAAGUUGUAUACCAAAGGCCAAGAACAUAAUUGUACUGUGAGGGACAUUGGUUUACCAGUUCAGACUAGAUAAUUUUCUGAUCUGCCUAGUUUACAAAGUCAUGAAUUGCCAUGGCAUCUUUUUUAUUUUCUCUGCUUUUUUCUUUGUCUAUUUGUUCAAUUGCAUGUGUAGUUCUGUGUGCAUGUCAGCGUGUGUAAGUCCGCCCGUGAGUACGUUGGGAAAUGUACAAGUAACAAGCCAGUGAAUUUUUAGAUUUUUCUUCCAAAUGGUUA